UUUCGAAUAGCAAUAAUCCACGAUUCUAACGAAGGUCUCCAUUAUGGUGAUUUAGCAGUAUCAAGCGAAAGCGUUGUUAUCAGUACAACAGCUGGAGGUGCUCCAGCAUCGCCGCCGCAGAAUGAUAUUCCUCCUGACAAGUCUGAUAUCGUAGUAGGAGAUUUAAAAGCACUCAAUAAUUAUUCUGUUGAAUUGAGAAUGAGAAACAAAAAUGGCUCUGGACCACCUGCGACUACUACAGUAUCGACUCCUGCAGAACGACAAAUUACAAAUGUUACAAAACCUCCAUUAAUACUGGGUACAAACUCUACGAUUCUUGAAUUAAACAACCUAUCGCUAGACGAAGAACCUAAAGUGCUGUAUAAAAGUACAAUUGAGCUGAAAGGUAUUGGGUUCCAUUACAAUAAAAAAUUACUCUUUAUUACGGACAGUGAUGGUUAUGUUUCAAAAAUACCUCUCUACCAAGAGUCAAAACCAAAUUACUCAAAUCCUUAUAAAAAGUUCAUAUAUUCUCCCAAGAAAAUUGAUAUUCUAGAACCGCAAAAUUUGGACUUUAAACCAUUAGAUAUCACUGUUGACUGGUUAAAUGACCAGUUGUACAUUUUGGGAGAAAUUAAGUUCAAUACUGCUUAUAUUAUCAAGAGAUGUAACUUGGAUGGAAGUAACUUGAUGGUUGUUUAUGCAGGACUUAGCCAAAAACCUUCGUCGAUACAGAUAGAUCCACUAAAUGGGUACUUGUUUUGGGUGAUUCAGGAUUACAACAAUGGUGGCUUUUUUCGACUCGACAUAAACGAUAUUAGCAAUGGCAUUCCCGCAGACAAGAAAAUUAAAAAAGUACUUAACGAAACCGAAUUAGGUGCCUUUACAUUUGAGUACCAUAAUUUCAACGUAUUGGUAUCUUAUCAAAGACUGAACACAAUUAUGUCUGUUACUUUAGAUGGAAACGACAUAAAAAAUAUUCGAACCACUGUAGCAACAUCCAAACUGUACAAAGUUGUAUCCUUAGCGAUGGAAAAUAAACUGUUUUACUGGACGGAUGGCACAGAUGUCUAUUUCGAAGAUUACAACGAACAUAGUAAAAGUUAUUACCAUAACGCUUUAGUCAUAAACUAUGGAUAUUAUAAAAAAGUUUUUAUAAAUUCGCAAAGUUCCCAACCAUGGCCUACUCCAAUUAAUCCACCAACAAAUGUACAAGCUAUAUUUGGAAUUGAUAUUGCUAAGACUAGAUGGCAGCCACCUCAUUUAGUUGGACUUCAAGGUAUAUUUUUUUUCAUAUUUUUUAUUAAAACUUAA